AUGGCCAGCCCCAUCGGCGAGCUUGCCAUCGUGGCGCACAAGUUCAUUACCGCUCCGCAGGCGAACCCUCAGAGCUUCUGCAACAUGAUCAAGUUGGGCACGUUCUGCCGAACCGUGGUUUGGCCAUGCCUGCCGCCCCUGAUGAUGUACCAGUACAUCCGCGGCAAGGACGAGGAUAUGUACGCGAUCGAGGUCCUCUACUCCAAGUCCGGCUCCAAGGAACACAAGGCCUUCUACGAUACGUCCCGCCUGAAGGGAUCUGGCCACUGGCGCAUGCAGCAGGACCUCGAGACGAUCCGGGCGGCCGCCAAUGCUGAGUAG